CCAAUAUUUUCUGUUUUCAGAACUACACGCUUGCAGCAGAAGCAGCGGCGCGUCCUCUCUUAGAGCCACUAAAUCCUUAAUUUUCGAUCCCAAAUAUGGACUAGGAAUGUCCAGGGUGACGUCUCGUGUCCGGGGAAUGCGAGUUUGUAACCGCAUUUAUUUAACUACGCCUUCCUCGCUCUGAGGUCCUGGUAGGCAUUACACAGGAAGAGAGCCGUGUUGGAAAAAAAAGAGACGGGACGCCCUCCUCCUCUUCCUCCUCCUCCUUCUGUUGGCGGAUAACGGUGCCCAAGAAGUUAUUCAGGACCGACGCAGACAAUAGCGCCGAGACCUUCUAUCCAGCUGUGAUCCACGGUCAUCACUACUGAUUAAUGGUGUCUGCGCUGUGUCACAAAGAGGGAAACAGUCGGCUGAGAUCCUAUCAUGGAGGAUUUGGGAGUGCCUGAGCCGCUUAACUACCCUCUCAGUCCUCGUAUUGUUGUGUUUGAUGCCCUCCUUGCUGAUCUGGAGAACACAGGCUCCCCUUUACCUCGGUGUCCCGUCCUGCUCACCUCUGACCCGCCUCAAAAUGCCGAUCCCACCACCCAGGACCCAGCCCAGAGCCGGCCGCCGCCUCCUGCAUACACCCCGCAGCAGACCGUUUCUUCAGCAAUGAAGACUACACAGAACUCCACCCCUGACAAAUUAUACAGCACAGUGUGUAAACCGCGCUCUCCCCGAAGCGCAGAUCCUCCUCUGGCCUUCUCUUCCUCCUCGCUGCUGGGGGGAGGUCUGAGUGAACUGGACCAUCUGCUACAGGAACUCAACGCCACCCAGUUUAACAUCACAGAUGAGAUCCUGGCUCAGUUCCCUUCUUCUAAGAAAGAUGAGAGGGAUAAUAUCAAGGAUAAAGCACCAACCUCCUCCUCCAGCUCUGUGAAGCCUUCUGCAACAUCGGCCACAUUGGAACUGGACAAGCUGAUGGCUUCGCUGUCUGACUUCAGAGUCCAGAGCACCCCAGCUGCGCCUGUCACUCCAGCGCCCGUUACAGCAUCACCGCAGCAGCCGGCCGCUGCCCCUCCUCAGCCUCCUUCAUCAGGAGGCUCACUGGACAGCAUGCUGGGGCUCCUCCAAUCAGACCUGACCCGACAAGGAGUGCAAACGUCCUCUAAGGGGAACUGCUCAGCCUGCCAAAAGCCGGUUGUCGGACAGGUGGUGACAGCUCUGGGGAAGGUGUGGCACCCCGAGCACUUCGUGUGCACCGAGUGUGAGACGGAGCUGGGCAGUCGAAACUUCUUCGAGAAGGACGGGCGGCCGUACUGCGAGCCGGACUACUUCACGCUGUUCUCCCCUCACUGCGCGCACUGCAACAAACCCAUACUGAACAAAAUGGUCACGGCUCUGGACAAGAACUGGCACCCAGAGUGUUUCUGCUGUGUGAAGUGCAGCCGCGCCUUUGGAGAGGAAGGUUUCCAUGACCGUGAGGGCCAGCAGUACUGCCAGCAGUGCUUCUUGACUCUGUUUGCUUCCCGCUGUCAAGGCUGCAGCCAGCCCAUCCUGGAAAACUACAUCUCAGCUCUAAACUCUCUCUGGCACCCACAGUGCUUUGUAUGUCGGGAGUGCUACAGCCCCUUCGUCAACGGCAGCUUUUUCGAGCACGAGGGCAAGCCGCUGUGCGAGGCCCACUACCACCAGUCCCGCGGCAGCAUGUGUCAGGCCUGCCAGCAGCCCAUCCUGGGGCGCUGCGUCACCGCAAUGGGGGCCAAAUUCCACCCGCAUCACCUCGUGUGUCACUUCUGCCUGAAGCCGCUGAGCAAAGGCUGCUUCAAGGAGCAGGAGAACAAACCCUACUGCCACCCCUGCUUCAUCAAGCUCUUUGGUUGAGGGCCCAGCAGGUCUUCGCCGGCCUGCCCUGAGAAGAAGCCCUAAUGUGACUCUCAGUUCUCUCUUUUUUUUCAUUUUUUUGUUACUGUGGGAGUUAGGGCGGAGCUGGACUCUUUGUAAAUUUUGAAGAAUAUCUGAGUCAGCAGAGAGAUGAGGAGGAAGACAGAAUCAUCCAACCCAAACCAGCCCUAUUUUAUUUUAACCAUGGACUUUCAGUGCGAGGUUACAAACUUUAUCACGGCUCAGAAACAAAAACACAGUGUGUUUAAAUGAAAUGAAAAUUACGUUUUGCUACCAGGUGUAAAAAGAAGCAUAAAUUUAUACAUCAUUUGAGAAUUUUUCCUGUUGUGCAAGGAAAUCCCCUUUUAAUAUAUUUGCUUUGUAUUGCAGAAAUUAUCCACGUCACUGCAACUGCAUUUUUAUACCGUAUGCUGACUGCUACAUUUGUUUGUUUGUUUUCAUUAUUCAUUCACUAUUGCGCUGUGCAAAAUGCCAAAAAUGAUUCCAAAGAAU